AUGGUGUCUUUCAAGCCAUUAAAACGAUAUGCUCAUACUGCUACACUUAUUGAUAAUAAACUUUACAUCUUAGGUGGUCGAGUUACUGAAACUAAUAACAAUGAACAUAUUGGAACACAAUUUUUUUAUCUUGACGUUUCUAUUCCAUUUAAUACUAAAAAUAUAUUAUGGCAUGACCUAACAGAAAUUAACAUUAUUCCUGCGCAUCGUGCCGCUGCAUCUGUCAGAGGUGGUGCAUAUAAUAAUAUUUUGUUUUUAUAUGGAGGAAAAAAUGAUAAAGGCGAUCUGGAAUUAGUUUAUUCAUUUGAUACAAAAAGUAAUUCAUGGAGUAUUCCAACAUUAGUUGGAAAUGGAGAUAAUAUCAAGAAAAAACAUAAUGUAAAAGGCAUAGUUGAUGAUAAUGGGAAGAUGUAUUUGUUCAGUGGAAAUGAUAAAGAUAGAAUAACUUUUUAUGAUGAUAUGCUUAUUUUGGAUACAAUAAAUUUGAAUUUGAACAUGGGAAGUUUAGAUAAUGCUCCAAUAAAAAGGAUUCUUUAUGGUGCGACCUUCGUUCCAAAUAAUUUCAUUAUUUAUUUUGGUAAGUAA